AUGUUGAAAGCCGGAGUCAUCAAGCCAUCUUCCUCAGACUGGGCGUCUGCCCCAGUGCUGGUCCGGAAGAAGGAUGGCAGCGUCCGUUGGUGCGUGGAUUAUAGAGCCCUUAAUAAGGUGACAGUCAAGGACACGUACCCUCUGCCACUCAUUGAGGAGUGCAUGGACACACUAGCCGGAAACCGCUGGUUUUCCAAACUUGACGCUAAUGCGGCUUACUGGCAGGUUAAGAUAGCUCCGGAAGACCGGAAAAAGACUGCCUUUAUUACAAAAUAUGGCUUAUUUGAAUUCACUAGAAUGGGGUUUGGUCUGUGUAAUGCCCCCGCGACCUUUGCUAGGGCCAUAAAUUUGGUGUUACACAGGCUCAACUGGAAGAUAGCCUUAGCAUUCUUAGAUGAUAUACUAGUCUUAGGAUCUUCAGCACACGCUCACCUUGAUAACUUACGACAAGUGUUUGAGCGGUUCCGAGCAUAUGGCCUUAAAUUCAAGCCUCGGAAAUGCGAACUGUUUAAGACUAAGGUUGAGUUCCUUGGUAGAACCGUGAGCGAGCACGGAGUUGAGAUGGGGGAUCAGUGCGUUGAGUCAGUGCGUGACUGGCCAGUUCCACGUGAUGUUAAGGGCGUAGAGCGCUUUCUUGGCUUCGCCAAUUAUCACCGCAGUUUCAUCCCUCACUUCUCCAGAAUUGCGGCUCCGCUGUAUGCGGUUACCGGAAAAAGUGGUUUCCGGUGGGGUGAAGAGCAGCAAAGUGCUUUUGAGGAACUCAUUCAGUUAAUGACUCAUCCUCCAGUUCUAGCUAUACCGAACAGUACAGGUCAUUUCAUCCUGGACACUGACGCCUCGGAUUAUGCCGUAGCUGGGGAAUUAAGCCAAGUCCAGGGUGGGAAAGAGAGAAAAAUAGGGUAUGGGAGUGCUGUGCUAUCCGCAGAGCAGCGCAGGUACUGUACCACUCGUAAAGAGCUAUUGGCAGUAAUUAAGUUUACCAGACAAUUCCGCCAUUACCUGCUGGGUCGUGAGAUCACAGUCAGGACCGAUUAUCAUAGCCUGGUCUGGCUAAUGAACUUCAAGCAUCCGCAGAACCAGAUUGCUAGAUGGCUCGAGGAACUGAGCCAGUACAACAUGCGGAUCGUGCAUCGCCCGGGAAAGAAGCAUGUGAAUGCUGACGCUCUGUCCCGGGACAUACCUGAUUCAUGCCAGGGGUACUCGACGAGAAUUAGGGUCGAAGACUUGCCCUGCGGCGGAUGCCGUUAUUGCUGCCGAGCCCACGAGCGCUGGCAUGACUUUAACACUGAAAUAGACGAUGCCAUUAUUUCUAGUUCUUGGGAAGAUACUCCCUCGACUGUGAGUGCUUCUGCACUACCCAGUUUCCAGAUUAAUGUCAGUGGAGUGUCAAGUUUAAAUCCCAAGAUUGAGACAGUUAGUCCUCAAGUCUGUCAGGUAACAGGUGAUACUGCGGGAAUUUCGAUAUCCUCAUAUAGUUCCGCAGAUCUAGCCCAGAAACAGAAGAAUGACGAGACUAUGGUAUAUCUUAGACAGUACUUAGAGUUUGGGGACUUACCUACCGAAAGUGACUUAAUUAUCUGUAGUCCGGAAGAGAAGUGCUAUCUUCUGGAGCGAGUCUGUUUUCAUCUCGACGAGACAGGAGUUGUUUGGCGAGAACAAGAUGACUUGGAUGCGCCCCGUCGGCUCCUAGUGCCGUGGAGUCUCAGAUCCGAGGUCAUGCACUUAUGUCAUGACAUACCGUCCUCUGGUCACCAGGGAAUUCAGAGAACUAAAGAACGCCUUAAACAGCAGUUCUACUGGUGGCAGAUGACAAAGGACAUUAAGUUAUAUGUCAAGACUUGCGACGUAUGCGCAAGGAAUAAGCGAGGUUCGUUGCCGAACAGGUCAGAGCUUAAGAGCUACCAAGCGGGAAGCCCGAUGGAGUGGGUACACUUAGACUUUCUCGGGCCGCUUCCCCGAACUGAUAGCGGGAACGAGUACAUCCUUAUGAUGGUAGAUAACUUUACCAAGUGGGUAGAGUGUAUUCCGCUUCCGUCUCAAACAGCGGAAGUUACCGCUCGUUCUGCUAUCAAUGACUUCUUUUCUCGAUUUGGCUAUCCUUACGAAAUCUUUACAGAUCAGGGCCGUAACUUCGAGAGUGAGCUGUUCUGUAAGAUUUGUGCCAUGUUAGGGAUACAUAAGGCCAGGACCACACCCUACCGUCCGUCAGGGAAUGGCCAGGUAGAGCGCCAUAACCGCACUCUAAUGGACGCGGUUCGUUGCUACGUAGAUGGCCAGCCCAAGUCAUGGGAUAAGUGCUUAGGCCCAUUGGCUGGAGCGUUACGUUCCGCGGUAAACCGCCAUACUGGGUAUACCCCAAAUCGUCUCAUGCUGGGUAGAGAAGUAAAUAUACCAGCAACCUUGAUGUUCGCCCCACCGCCUUCCACGUCUUUUCAAAAUGGGGAGGAGGGUGAGGUGGAUACGUAUGUACGUGAUCUAGAAUACAAUGUUCAGAGAGCGCACGAUAUUGCCCGCGGAAAACUAAAAGUCGCGCAAAAGGCAAUGAAAAGGUCGCAUGACAUUAAGGUCCGUACCAGUAAGUUCAAGGUCGGAGAUUUGGUUUACUGGCGCCGCAAUGCGGGAAAAAAGGUAGAGUCAGUAUGGAGGGGUCCUUGGAUAAUAAUAGAAACCAAAUCAGACACAAUAUUUGUUGUAAAAUCUCGGCGCGAGGUCAAGGUCAUGCACCAUGACAAGCUAAAAAGGUGCGAGUCCAGGCAACUCCCCAAAUGGUUAAUAAACUACAAGAAUAAGUUACCCGGACAGUCAGUAGCCCGAGAUGGGGAUAGUUCCCUUGUACCUGAAGUGGUAACACCACUGGGGACCGCAGACUCAGGAUUAAGUCCUGAGAGCCCGGGGAGUGGGGAUCACUCAAAAGUUAGCCCCAAACCAGCGGAGUCAGUAGGUCCGUAUAUGGGUACUCGUAAACGGGUUAGGGAAAUAUUAGACCAUACUAAACAGCCCCGAGCGCCCAAGAGACCUAGAGCCACUAAGGGGACUAAAACUAAGAAGUAUUGUGUUUGCCUACAGUCUAAUCCCAAGGGAAUGAUGGUGCAGUGCGACAAUUGUCGGGACUGGUUUCACCCAUGGUGUGUGGGUAUAAGUGAGGACUAUGCCAAAUCUGUACCUCAAUAUAUCUGCCCCGAAUGUAGUCCCGUCAGAGUCGACACUGCUCAGGGGAUUCCCCCUGAGUCGGCGGACUUGAUUAUACAAGCAGAUGUAGCCCGCGUUGUGGGAGUGUGUAGAAACCGGAACUUUGUGUUAGGGGAGAUCGGACUGGACUAUUCCGGUCCGUCUACUCAGAGGUGCCAAAGGUUUGUGCUGGCGGAGUUCUUCCUCCAGGCGUCGUUCAGUACCGGGAUGAUACUGGCUUUGAGGGGGACCGCGGACGACCCUUUGGGCCGCGUCCCUACCCAAGAUUGCCUUACACUGUUGGACGGGGUGUUCGUUCCCAUCCUGGUACCUAUCUUUGUCCGUGAUUUCACAGGGGGACCGGAGCAAGUGAGACUCUGGGUGGAGUCUGGCCGACCCGUAUUCUUUGGAGUUGGAGGCCGGAUCGCGGAGAUGUCCGCGACCCAGUUGUCGGGAGUUAGAGCUAUUCGUAUGGACCGACUGCUGGUCGAGUCGGAUAGUCCUGAGUUUCCUUGUGGAGUUGAAGCGCCGAUGGGCCCCAGGCACAUCGGAGAAGUGUACCGACGAGUCGCCGCAGCGAGGGGACAAGAUGUUGCCUUGCUGGCGGGCCUGGUUUUCAGGAACUUUAGAGUGUUCUUUGGACCUCAGUUGAGGGGACCGUUUUAG